AUGUCGUCCAGGAGCAAGCGCCGCGCGGAGCCCGAGCUGGACAAGAAGAAGAGAAAAAAGACGAAGCGCGAUGAGGAGGACGACAUCGAUGCGAGCGACGGCGACUCGGACGAAGGGAUCGACGAGGACGAGCUCGGGGCCCUGAGCAAGGACAACAUCAUCGAGACGGGCCGGCGCACCCGCGGCAUCCGCAUCGACUACACCAAGGUCAAGGACUUCGACGAGGACGACGAUGAGGAUGAGGACGAGGAGCCGAAGAAGAAGUCUAGGAAGCCCGCGUCCGCCUCCAAGCCCUCGUCUUUGAGCAAGGCCCAGCCGGGAUCGAGUUCCGGCAAGGGCAAGGCGCCGCCUGCGCCACCCGCGCCGGUCAAGAAGGCGAAAAAGGUCGUAGAGAGCGACGACGAAGAGGAAGAGGCGGAGGAGAGCGACAAGAACGACGACGAAGAGGACGGGGAAGAAGAGGAGGACGACGACUAG